AUUCUUCUCUUUAUUUAGGUUGAAGACUUCUCUUCUUACUUAGGUACAAAUUCUACCUCAAUCAAGAAUUUCACAUACUUAAAAAAGAUGCUCUUCAAAGGGUAGCAUAUGAGUAUUCAUAUUCUUCAAACUCAGCAAGGAUACUUAGGGAAGGGCCAAAAGAAUGUUAGAUCAUAUACCUAAAGAAGUCUUGAUAAAGAUUUUCUUAAGAUUGCCUGUGAAACAACUCCUGAGAUGCAGGUGCAUAUGCAAAACAUGGACUAAUGACUACAAGGUGAUCAGAAUUGUGUACUAUUCUACUAAUGAUGAUUCUUUGAUGGUUCCACCAGAAGUUGAGAUUUUUGAGCUAAGUAGAGGAACAUGGAGAAUCAAUAAUUCUGCAUCUGUUCCUGCUUAUGAUGUUUCCAAAUACUCGUCGCAGAUUGUACUGGAAGGAGCUAUUCAUUGGGUGGGAUAUUACAGUCCAAGAGAGCUGACAAUAGCAGUUUAUGUUGUGCAUGAUGAGGAGUUUAAGGAAUUCAGAAUGCCGGAUGAAAUAUCUGGCACAGCCCUGCAACAUUUAUCGGUCAUGUUAUGCUGUCAACUGCUCUCAAUCAUACAGUACAAGAAAAGGGGAAGUCGUCUCUGUUAUGAAAGCUGUUGUAUUUGGGUGAUGAAUGAAUAUGGUGUCCAUGAUUCUUGGACUAAACUGUUCAAUGUUGUUGUCACAGGAGGUAUAGGGAAAGUAUUAGGCCUGAGAAACAAUGUUGAAGUUCUGUUAGUAGGGGGACAGGGAGAGUUGAUCUCAUAUGAUCCUUGGUAUCAAAGAAGUAAGAGUUUAGGAAUUUCUGGUGAAUCCUGCUCUUUCUAUGCAGGUAUAUACAUGGAGAGUUUAGUCCUAUUGAAGGGUAGAAAAGGGUCAAUUUCCAGGUAUGUCACUGUUCAGGGAUAGUGCAUCUGCUUUGAAUAAAGAAAGAGUGGUGCUGAGGAGAAUAACAGAAGUGCAAAAUAACAUGGAAAAGACAGGCUAACAUACAUAAUUGUACAGAAAUUUCUUGCUCAAUGUUCAUCAUUUUUUUAAUAUGGUUUGUCUUGAAUCAGUAUCCAAAUGUAUGUUUAAUUCAUUUCAAUGUCUGGCUAUGAAGAUCAAUGUCAAUUUUCUUAUAGUAAAUGGUAACAAUAUCAUUAAAAUGUUCUUUUUUUUUCUCUUU